UCUGCGGCUCUGCCUCCAUCUCUAGACAUUUGAUAAAUUCUUAAUGAACGGAGAAAUGUGAAGGCUUGAAGUUUGUGCAUUUAUAUGGAGAAUGUGGAAGUUCUAAUUGCAGAAAAUCUGAUUUGAGGCUCACUGUUUCACCUUCAGUUUCACAUAUAAUAAUUUCCUGUGUGUAUUCCUAUUCCGAUUGACUGUAGGCAAGGUGAAUCAGUCAAGUGUCUAUCUGGCCAAGCCAAUCUGAAUUCAGCCUUUACCAAAUUACUCCAAUGGGGCAUCAUGACUCAGAGUCACCUCCUGUUAGGCCUCACAGGAAGAGUCCAUCUAAUAGAGAGAGAGGCAUGCAUGGUGGUGUGGGAAAGACUUCAAGCCGCAAUAGAUCCCCUAUGCGUCCAAAAUCAAGGUCUCCUCCUCACUCACCACUUCGAGAGAAGCCUCCAUCUCGCUAUAGGUCUCCAAAACGCAGAAAAUCAGUCUCACCAAAGAGAGACAAAACAGCAGGCCGCAGAGUAUCCCCCAAACAUCCAAGGUCUACAUCAAAGUCACCAGAGUUUGGGAAAUCUCAUGCAAAACCUAGGUCUCGUUCCCCUUCACCGCGGACUAGAAGAUUAAUGAGAGCUCAAGUGGAAAGGGAGACUUCGAGGCAAAGCAAGAGGGAGCAUGACAAAAAUGGUGGAAGUGAGGAGGAUAGAGUUAGGCAUAGGGAAAUGAGUUCUGACAGGAAUGAUCAUAUUGGGCAGAGAGAACAAAGAUCAGGAAGGGAUAGUUAUACAAAUGGGUCUUCAAAGCUUAGGCAUGAAAGAUCCGCUUCUCCUACAGACCACCGCUCCCAUAGGCCUCAACAUAGAUCUGGAUCACCUGCUGCUACAAACAGGAGAGAACGUGGCGAGGGAACACAGACCAGAGGAGACGAUCACAGGAAUAAUGACAGCGAUUCAGUGGCUAAAAUGAAAGAAGCUGAGGAGGCAUUACACGCAAAGGAAAAGGAGAAACCUUCCUUUGAGCUAUCUGGAAAGUUGGCCGCAGAGACUAAUAGAUAUAGAGGCAUAACACUUCUUUUCAAUGAGCCGCCAGACGCAAGAAAGCCAUCCGUAAGGUGGAGAUUAUAUGUCCUUAAGAAUGGUGAAGUGUUUAAUGAACCUUUUUAUGUUCAUCGGCAAAGCUCUUAUCUUUUCGGGAGGGAGCGAAGGGUUGCAGAUAUUCCUACAGAUCACCCAUCUUGCAGCAAGCAGCAUGCUGUUCUUCAGUACCGGCAAGUCGAGAAGGAAAACUCUGAUGGCACUUCGUCUAAGCAAAUCAGGCCGUACAUAAUGGAUCUUGGGAGCACAAAUGGAACUUUCAUCAAUGACAAUCGAAUUGAACCUCAACGAUACUAUGAACUCUUGGAGAAAGACACUAUAAAGUUUGGCAAUAGCAGCCGUGAGUAUGUGCUGCUUCACGAGAACUCUGCUUGACAGAUUCUCGGCAGUUGGAGCCUUGGAGGAUUGCCAAUCAAAUGUUUAUGUGGGAAAGGCCUCAGUAGCUUGAAGCUUACUGUUGGGAGAGCAAACUCAAUUUUUUUGUGUUAACAUUCACUUUUGUUGUAACUUUGGCGUUCACUGUUGAUUACAUGAAUGUUUCGAUGGGCACUAAGGUUCAUUAUAUUAAUUAAUUAUAAAAAUUCCUUUUAUAUUUUAACAUAUACGGAUAUACAUAGCAUAUUAGAAGUAUAAUGCUGUAAUUUAGUUAAUAGAGAAGUUGCACC